UAACACAUGAAGCAUCGGCUUCACUUUUCUGAACCAGAAUGAACCGCCUAAAUCCCUGUUGGUUGAUCCUCUGCCUGCAGAAAUCUAUUCAAACCUUUUAUUGACAAAGUGCUGCAACUGUUGCAAAUUAGCAUUGCUGCAGGUAUAAAUAGUUAUGAAUAUUCACUGCAUUUUCACAACAUUUACUAGUUACCUUCGGUGUAUUGGCCUUUUACAAAGUGUAUGUGCAGAACUAGAAGGGGGCGGGGCGUGGGAACGUCAUUUGUUGCCCAACUUCACUUUUCACACAACAGAAAGCAGAGUUUUACCUGGAAUGUAAUUGUUUCUCACUCAUCCUCUACCCACCCCCCACAUCUCUCCUUCUCCCUCCUCUGUCUCCUCCCCUCCCUCCUUUCUCCCCUCAGGGCAUGAGCAGUCUGUUCAGCUCCCUGAAGGUGGUCCGCCUGCUGCGCCUGGGCCGGGUCGCCAGGAAACUGGACCACUACCUGGAGUACGGUGCUGCCGUUCUGGUGCUGCUGGUCUGCGUGUUCGGACUGGUGGCUCACUGGCUCGCCUGCAUCUGGUACAGCAUCGGAGACUACGAGGUCAUCGACAAGGCCACCAACACCAUCAAGGGGGACAGCUGGCUCUACCAGCUGGCCCUCAGCCUCGGAUCGCCUUACCGCUACAACGUCAGCGGCUUGGGCCGAUGGGAGGGCGGCCCCGGCAAGGACUCCCUGUACAUCACCUCGCUGUAUUUCACCAUGACCAGCCUGACCACCAUCGGCUUCGGCAACAUCGCCCCCACCAGCGACGGGGAGAAGAUCUUCUCUGUGGCCAUGAUGAUGGUGGGAUGUAAGUAGGAGAUACUCAGCUUCAACCAUGCUGCGUCGGCAGAGCCGGGCAGUAUCUGCUGUUGUGGUUUCGGUCAUUUCUGAGAGUGUAAUGGCUCAGAUUUUCAUUUUCUGUACUUACUUGCAAUGUGUUGUAUCCAGAUAUAAACACCAGUGAGAGGGCUGCUCUUAGAGAAUGCUGUUUCUAUGAGUUUUUAUGAUAUAUUGAUGUUUUGAAGCGAUGUGAUGUGUGAAAGUUUUGCCACGUUAGUUGGUGUGGUCUGAGUAUGGUGCUGUCGGUUGGUCAGUCCAACACUCCAAAAUGUAGUUUAACCCAGUCGCCAGAAACAAAUAUACUUCCUGAUUAUGUGGAGUACAUAGGAAUUGAUUUUGUAGGAUAUAUAUGACUUGCAGCGCAUUCAUUGUCGUAGGUGUUGCUACAAACACUGUAUGAGGACAGUCUGGUUUGACAUUUGAAGUUUGACAUUUAGCGUAUCCGUGGUUUUGCCCGACGUAGAAUGCGGUGGAUUCCUUAUGGUUCUGGUGACUCUGUGACGUUUCAUCUUGUUUUCAGGCCAAAUCUUCACCUCGUACACACUGAAUAUUGUGUGCAGAUUUCCAUGAGAGGUAAAGAUGUGUGCUGACACUUUUUUGGGGGUUGUUGGGCAUAUAAACCAGAGCAUGCUGUUGACUUGUCAUUGUAGGAAAAAGCACAUGGGGGGGGGGGGGGGACUACUAACAUUAACCAUUGCGCCGUUCUGUUAAUGUGUUGAGCCAUCACUAAUCUUAUAAAGCUAAGCUUAAAGGGUCCGUGAGAAGUGAGUCAUGUUGCCACAUUGGAAACCGUCUUGGCAAAUGUAUAAUCGUUUACGUGCCAACUGCACACGUGUGAAACAUGUAGGCGUCAGUAAAAGCCCAGCAUAGUAUAAACAUCACCAUGUAGAUGAACAAACAGUGCGUUUGUUUUGCAGUAUAUCAGUGCCCUAAAAAUAAAGUAAAAACAAAUGCUGUUUGGUUCUAUCCAGCACUUGGUUAUUGUCGGGUUUAAUGGACGCUGAAGCCACUAGAGGCCACUGGCAGGGUUUAAUGUAACGGUUCCCAUCACCACCACUAUCUAAUAUCGACCACUGCUCUAAGACCUCUUUAAUCUAUCUGGUCCCCUGAAAAUAUCCCGUUGCCAUUAAGAAGUGUGAAACGACUUCAAACUAUUAUUUCAUUGUUAAUAUCUCUUCAUGGAAACAUAUUGCAGUGGGUUUGAUGCAGAGUGUGAACUGGGAGAAUAGUUAAUUUGUUUUUACAGAGUUCAGAGGCUGUAGACAGAUCUGCACAGCAGGCGACGCCACGCUGAUGAUGAAAGCUGCAGAAAGCUGAGCACAGUAACACAGGAGAGCAUGCGACACAUAUGAUUAAUGGCAAACUGGGCUCCCUGUGGUUAAUGUGGGGAAUCAUCCGAACAAAUGAAGGAGUGACAACAUAUUUAUGCUUGGGAGUAAGUGGGGAAAUUGUAUAUGUAUGUAUAUGUAUAUAUGUAUAUGUACAGGUGUAAAAGAGAUGGAUUUUACUCAUCGGACAACAAUACUCUUUAUCUUGUAUGCAGAAUUCUACUUCAUGUCCAGCAGGGGGCGACUCCUCUGGUUGAAUAGAAGUCUAUGAGAAAAUGACUCUACUUCU